AUGAAUUUUUGGCCAAGUCAAUCAAAGGCAGCGGAACGGCGCAAGGCUGCCGGUCACUCUCCCGUGGACGAGAUGCAGCGCUUCCGCAUGCUUGUGUGUUGCAUGUUCUGUGGCAUUUGCACGUCCCUUAUCUACGCCUUUGACCUUUUCACAACGGACUUUUCGAACAGGUUCAAUCUCAGCGCCGGUGAUCAGUCGACAAUCAGCACGGUGGGGCUGGUAUUCUGCUACUUCACAAUACCAUAUGGUUUCCUGUAUGACUACGGUGGUCCCUUUCCCCUGCUAAUUGUCUGCGUACUUACGGCCGGGGUUGGGGCGCUAUGUCUUGGACUGACGUUUGACGGUGUCAUCACGGGGAAUUUGGCAAGCAUUUCUGUUUUCUACGCCCUGAUGAACAUCAGCAGUGGCGUCAUUGACGUUGCCUACAUUGUGACUCUGGCAGAGACGUUUCCUCGUAACCUUGGGCCCAUCAUCGCUCUUGCGAAGGUGAUGGUUGGUCUUGGAUCCUCCGUGCUGGCCUCCAUCAGCGUGAAUCUCUUUCGCGGGAACAUCUCCGGGUUCAUUUACUUCAUCAUGGUGUACUCUGUUGUUGUGUGCAGCGUGGCGGCCUUCGUGGUGGUACUUCCCCCGUACUUUAUCAACGGAUGGCGUCGCCGCGGCAAGACUGAGGAGCAGAUUGCCGCCCUGAAGUCCCUGGAGCCUGCGUAUCGCCGCCAGUCUGUACCCAUUCGUCGCCUUGCCGUUGGCUAUGCCGUUGUGGCCCUGCUGCUGGUCUUCCUCAGUGUCCAAUCGCCCGUGGUGAGUUACACUAGGGUCUCGAACGGGGUUUCGACCGCCUUUGGCGCCAUUACGAUCGUGCUUGUGCUGUCUUUCUUCCUGAUGCUGCUGCCUGUCCGUUGGCUUGGGGGCAUGGACGAUCGUGCCGGGGAUGAACCCAUGCGGGCCAUUGUCUCGGAGGAGGCGG